GGCAUGUCUAACGAGCUUCCAGCCUGUCAAAAAUGCAAGCUGCGCAAGGUCAGGUGCGAUCGACAAGCCCCAAAAUGCACAAGUUGCACAAAGGGAAAUGUGGCUUGCAUCGUCGUCAAUCCGGCAACAGGUGAACAAUAUGCACGAGACUAU